AUGGGGUUGCGACGAACCACUAAGUCAAAGAAGAGCAAAAGGUCGGAAGACUUGGUGCCAUCCAAGCCUUUACCUGUGACGCUCCUGUCUGGUUUUCUAGGGUCAGGCAAGACAACGCUCCUACAGCACAUUUUAAAAAGCAACCAUGGGCUUCGUAUAGCUGUUGUGGUGAAUGACAUUGGAGCUAUCAAUGUCGAUGCAUCUCUCAUUCAAAAGACUCACACCCUUACAAAAACCAAUGAAAAGAUCAUUGCGCUACAGAAUGGAUGCAUCUGCUGUACUUUGAGAGGAGACUUGCUCGAGGAGCUUGUGCGCAUCUCUCAGCUUCAGAAAUUUGACUACAUCAUCAUUGAAAGCAGUGGCAUUAGUGAGCCAGAGCAGGUUGCUGAGACUUUCGAUUCUCGCCUUGCAGAGCAGAUGAGCCUCUUGACUGAAGGCGAAGGCGCUGCUGAACUUGACGAAGACAUGAUUAAGGUUUUGAACAAAUUGAAGAAAGCCGGAGGGCUAGAAAAAUUCGCCCAUUUGGACACGACCGUUACAGUCAUUGAUGCUUUUACGAUGCUGAACGACUUUGAUACAGCGGAUUUGUUGUCUGGACGGAGGGAUGAUGUUGUUCCGGAAGAUGAGAGAUCCGUGUCGGACCUUAUGGUUGACCAGAUUGAGUUUGCGGACGUGAUCAUCUUGAACAAGAUUGAUAUGAUCAACGACGAGACAAAGGCUCGGGUACUUGAUCUUGUUAAACAGCUGAACCACCGGGCCAAGAUAAUAGAGUCUAAGUAUAGCAAAGUGGACGUCAAAGAGCUGGUCAACACAGGCCUCUUCGAUCUCGGACGUGCGCAAACUGGGUAUGGUUGGCUGCAGGAUUUGCACGCCAUGACUGUGCGCGAGGUAAAUGGCCGCAAUGUGGUAACUCCUAAGCCGGAGACGGAGGAGUAUAAUGUGCAAAGCUUCAUCUAUUCACGUUACCGGCCUUUUCAUCCAAGGCGGCUCUUUGCACUGUUGUAUGAUAAGUUUAUCUUGCAGAUGGAGCAUCCUGACGAUGACGAUGAUGAUGAAGAAGAUGAAGAAGAAGAUGAAGGAGAAGAGGGAGACGAAGGGCAGUCUGACGAAGACAAGUCAGAUUCGACAUCUCCCUCUCACUCCCCAUCAACUCCCCAAACCGAGGCAUCUUCUCAAGGUGAUGGCAAAGACACCAACGACAUGGACGUCGACCCCUUGAUGAUGCCCUCAAACGAAGUGAUUCUCGCCAAUAAGCGCGCUCACCCAACACUCGCCCGGCUCUUCCGCUCCAAGGGCGAAUUCUUCCUGGCCACACGACCUCACCGCGCCGGCGAAUGGUCUCAAGCCGGGGCCAUGCUCACUCUCACGGGAGGACGUUCAUGGUUUUGCACUUUGCCGGAAGAAGAGUACACGACGGGAAGCCCCGACAUAGAUACUCUGGUGCAGCAUGACAUUGCCAAGGGCGGCGAGUGGGGAGAUAGGAGGCAUGAGAUUGUCUUUAUCGGCGAAGGACUGGACCAUGAGGGCUUGGAGAAGAUGCUUGAUGCAUGUCUGCUAACGGAUGGGGAGUAUGAGGAGUGGAAGACGGUUAUGAGGAAGGAUGGGGUAGAGGAGGAGGAGAGGAGGAGGAUGUUGCAGGAGUUAUUUGAAGAUGGGUUUCCGGAUUGGAGCGGAGAUGAUGAGGAAGGGCACGAGGGGCAUGAUCAUUAA